GCAUGUUCAGUGUCAUGUCAUUAGGCUAUUGGCAUACUCUCUCCUCUCUGCCUGCCAGUCACUAGUCCACUCUGCAGCAGAACUAGGCACGACAAGACAUUAGGCAGUGAACAGCCAUGCUGCUACACAGCUUCCCUCUCACCAUCCUCCUCCUCUCCACCAUCCCUGUCACUCCCCAGUGGGGGGCUGUGGGUGAUGAGUCUGGAGGGUCUGUGGCUGCUGCAGGGCCAGUGGUCCAGGGCAGGCCCUUCACCAUGGUCUGGAACAUGCCCACAGCGAGCUGCCAGGAACGCUAUGGCAUCCACCUGGACCUGGGGGCCUUCGACAUUGUGGAGAACCACCACCAGAGCGUCAAGGGCCAGAACAUGAGCCUAUUCUACUACAAUCAGCUGGGGCUCUACCCUUACAUCUCCCAGGAGGGUCUGCAGAUCAACGGAGGUGUUCCCCAGAGGGGCGACCUGGAGGCCCACCUGGCCCUGGCCCAGACCCAGAUCUCAGCCCUGCUCAGGACAGGGUUCAGCGGCCUGGCCGUCAUCGACUGGGAGAAGUGGCGCCCCCUGUGGGUGAGGGACUUCGGCAUUAAGCUGGAGUACCGCCGGCUGUCUAAAUCACUAGUGAGACGGGAGCAUCCAGCGCUAACUAAACAGGAAGUGAACUCCCUGGCCCGUAAGGAGUUUGAGAGGGGCACCAGGGCCUUCAUGUCUGAGACACUGCGGUUAGGAGUGCGUCUGCGACCGAGGGGACUCUGGGGCUUCUACAGAUUCCCUGAAUGCUUCAACUACUACAGGAGGCAGAAAAGCUACACGGGCCACUGCCACUCCAAGACCAGGCAGAAGAAUGACCAGCUAGCCUGGCUGUGGCGCCAGUCCACUGCCCUCUACCCUAGUAUCUACCUACCCCAGCAGCUGGCAGGGUCCUCUGAUGCCACCCUACUGGUCAGACAUAGGCUCCUGGAGGCCCUUAGGGUGGCGAACCAGUACCCAACUGACACCCAUGCCACUCCUGUACUGCCCUAUGCCAGAGUGGCAUUCGCCCACACCCUCCACUUCCUCAACAAGACGGACCUGGAGCACACACUGGGAGAGAGUGCAGCGCUGGGGAUGGCAGGAGUGGUGCUGUGGGGGGAGCAGAGGUUCACUAAGUCAAAGCGUCAGUGUGAGAUACUGAGGGACUACAUUCAUUCUGAACUGGGGGAGUACAUCAGCUCCCUGAAGGGAGGGGUGCAGCGUUGCAGCGGGGAACGAUGCCAUGGCAACGGUCGCUGUGCCAGAAGGGACCCCUACUCUGACCACAUGAUCCCCCUCUCUGACCCUUUCUCCAACUUCCUCCCUGACCCAUCUCAUGACCUCAGCCACCUCCGCACUAACUUCCUGUGCCAGUGCUAUCAGGGCUGGGAGGGUGAGGAGUGUCAGGAAAGGAUAUCUUCAAUCACUAACACUUAGGUGAGCAGUGUCAGGAAAGUAUAUAGUCUCUAUCACCAAUAUAUAAUAUCACCUCUUUUGUUUAUUUGGUUGCAUACAGUAGCAUCAUUGCAAUUCCACCAAGUGUAUCAAAGUGAAAACAGUGGCAGUUGCCAUGCUAAGGCACUUUCUCAGCAUAUUAAUUCUAUACAAUUCAGUUCCACUUGUGACAUGUUUAAGUCGGGAUAUUUCCCAAAUCUGCACUGUGUUUUGUCAGUAACAAAAUGGGUGUGACAUUUCAUCAUACAUUGCCUGUCACAUGCAUACAUGUAAAAGAGUACCACUUCUAAAAGUUACAGCUGUAACUUUUGUGUACAGUAUGUGUAAGUCGCAGAUCACAUGGACGUCUCGAACCUGUACCAUUUCUGUGUCUUCAUGCAGUUGUUCGAAUACAUUAAUUGUCAGUUCAAGAGUGUGGUCCUUUGUGCUGUGAUGUCACUAAAGAUGCUAUAAAGUGUUCAGUACCCUGCAA